CUGUAUUGACGCUACCGCAACCUAUUUGAGACAAUUUGAAUCUCUCUCAUCCACGCUUUCUGGUUCUUCGUUAUACAUAACGACCACCUCCCCUUCACCUUUCGCCACACUUUCCCCUAAACAACUCCCCCACCAUAAAAAAGUUCCCGCUACCUCAAUAUCUCCUCCCAUCACCCACACCUUAUCUAACACCUGUCUCUCCCGUUGUGCACCUCCGCACAAUGCUUCCUCCCCUCCCAAACCUCGAAGAUUACCAGAUUUCCGAGAACGGAUUUCUACCGGCCGAGCCACCCAUCGACAGACUACCGGACCGAUACUAUGACGCGUGGGAGAAUGUAGCUUCCAAUCUGCGCUCGUUGAUUGCAGACAAGAAGAUCCGAGAGGCGGUGGACGAGCUCCCACUGCUGUCGACUUCGCGGCUACAUUCCGAGGCGGAAUGGCGAAGAGCCUAUGUUGUCCUGGGCUUCAUCUCGAAUUCGUACAUUUGGGGAUUGGUCAAAGCUAAAGAUAGAUUACCACAAUGCAUCGCAAUCCCGUUCCUCGAGGUUUCGGAGCAUCUGGAGAUUCCUCCGGUCGUUACAUACGCUGCCUGCUGCCUGUGGAACUACCAGCCUAUUCACCCAGCUGGACCCAUUGACAUGGUGGAGAAUUUGGCCACCCAGAACACUUUCACUGGCACGAUGGACGAGUCGUGGUUUUACAUGGUUUCGGUGGCAAUUGAGGCCCGAGGAGCUCCGACUAUACACCUGAUGAUGGAGGCGAUGCGAGCUGCCCGGCGGAGAGAUAGCUACACCGUAUCUGAGUGCCUAACGCUAUUCGCGGAGCGUAUCAUGGAUCUUCGCGAGCUGUUGGGAUGCAUGUACGACCACUGCACACCCCGUGCAUUCUACUUCCAGAUCCGCCCGUUUCUAGCCGGCUCGAAGAAUAUGGCCGAAGCGGGAUUGCCCAAUGGUGUGCUGUUUGAGGACGGAAGCGGCCAGGAAGAGUACCGGCAGUACUCGGGUGGCAGCAAUGCCCAGAGCUCGCUCAUCCAGUUCUUUGACAUCGCAUUGGGCGUGCAGCAUCGGCCAACCGGCGUAAAGAAGGACCCAUCCGAAGCGAAGAUGGAUGGACAUGCACCACAUUCCAAGCACAAUUUCAUCGAGGAGAUGCGCAAAUACAUGCCGGGAGCUCAUAGACGAUUCCUUGAGCACCUGACGACGGUAGCCAACAUACGCGAAUUCGUCGAGGCGAACCCCGACGACUCAGCUCUGGCCUCCGCAUAUGACGAGUGUCUCCGUGCUCUCUCCAGUUUCCGUGACAAGCAUCUGCAGAUUGUGUCACGAUACAUCGUGGUCAUGUCACAGGAGUCGAAGCGGAAAUCCGCGGCAGCAGCCGCAGCGGCGGCGGCUUCUACCCCAACAAUACCAACCACAACCACAGCCCCCUCCACCACCAACUUCCUUGGUCUCGCCAAGGGCGAGGCGGCAAAGGAGGGUCUAAAGGGUACUGGCGGCACCAAACUAAUACCGUUCCUGAAGCAGUCACGCGACGAGACCAUGGAGCCCGCCACCGGAGCGUGGAGCAAGACGACAUCCAAGUUCGAAUCCUACCAGGCCCGCUCGCGGGGCAUCGCACCAAGCUCAGCCUCGAAUUGGUCUCGCAGCAGCAGUCCUACCGGCGGUUUUGCUGUGCGUUCGUGCAAAGUCAACGAUCUCGACGACCUCCCGGCCGCCCCGAGACCUGGCGUCGGCAUGGCGGGCAAUUGGGAGUGGGAGGCUGGCGAUGAUGUGGGUGGAAUCUGCCAUUACUAGAUUCGCUGUUUGAUCACUGGCACUGGCGCAACUGGAAUUCUAUCGUUGCCUUCUCUUUCUCUUUUUUCCUUCCUCUUUUCUUCUUCUCUUUUUCUUCGUCUUUUCUUCUUUUUUUAUUAUUAGGGAUCGCACUCGGGGUGUUCUUUUUUUCCUCUUCUUUUUUUCCUACGGAGUUUUAUUUGGGCGGGGCUUUGUUUUUUUCUUUCGUUUCGGAUG